ACCUAUAAAAACACCUCAUCAGUUGUGCCUGCAUGUGUUCCUGCACUUACCAAUAAAUAACCAAGCUCGAAUCAACUUGUAUGUUUUGACUCUGAUCAGUGAGCCAGACCACCGUGGAAAUGUCUGUGAAGAUCCUCUCCAUCACUCUCCUCCUGGUCUCAACAUGUGUGUGCUGCCACUCUGAAGAUGCUCAUGGUCCUGGAAGUAAACCACCGUGCUGCGUUGACCUGACCAAAGGCAAUGUGAGUGCUGACGUGGUGGGGGAAACUUAUCGUGAGCAGGCUGCAAGACAUCCCUGUGUGAAGGCUAUAAUUUUCAACACAAAAAAUGGACAACUUUGUGCUGAUCCAAACGCUCAGUGGGUCAAAGAUCUCACUGCCAGAAUGACGAAGGCGCCCAAGUGAAGCACAAAGCUUGCAGUAUUUCUGCUUGUCUGCUACAUCAAUAUAAAAAUAAAGUUUUGCAUUACUGACCAAA